AUGGCUUUGGAAAAAGUCAGAAGUGAUUCAAUAAUAUCAACCUCCGAUCGAUCGGAACAUCUCAUCAAGAAGGGUCGCUUCAGUUAUUGGACAAGAGUUAUAAUAUCAAUUCUCCCAACGAUCAUCUUUGGAGUGUUUACUGUCACAUUUACUGUACAACAAAAUGAUUUUUUUCGAAAGACUCGCGAACAAGAUGUACUCGUGGCUGAUGCUCAAAAUAAACGACUCAUUUUCGAUAAUUAUAUUGAUGUCAUAUCUGAUCGUCUUCUUAGUUCACAAUUUCGUCGAAACAACAGUGAACAUCUGCUAACUAUUCGUGCCAAGACACUCACUGCUUUACGCCAUCUUGAUGCCCAUUACAAGAGCGAAAUAAUCUUCUUUUUAUAUGAAAAUAAAUUGAUUCGAGAAGAUGUUCCUGAAGCAGAACGUCUCGACUUAGAUGGAGCUGAUUUAACUUCAGUUCGUUUCACUCGUUCGUCCACUCGUCGAUGUAUCCUUCCGAACCUGUACUUGCCAGGUGUCGUUGCUUUGGAUAUUGUGUUCGACGGUUGUCGACUGAUGGAUUCAGUAUUUAAUGGAGGUACAUUCAACAGAAGUCAGUUCAUUAGUUGUUCACUUGGACAAACACAGUUUAUUGAUACAUCUCUUGAUUAUGCCACUUUUCUUGGUUCAGAUUUAGAUGGCGUCAAUUUUAAAGGAACGCUGUUGACCAACACGAAAUUUCUCGAUACGUUUGUUCAGAAUUUAACAUUGAUUAAUACUGAUAUGCUCGGUAGUAAUAUGAAUGACAGCGAUAUCAUUCUUCCCUAUACCGAAAGACCUAAUUACAUUAUAAAUACACGUUUUCCAAAUGGUUCAUUCUCUAACAUAGACUCGAAGCAGUUGGUGAUAGAUGGUGGAGCUGAGAUAGAGUGUUCAUCUGAGAACUUUUCGAGUUGGGGCACCAUAAGAACUCAACAACGGUGGCAAUAUUACAAUAAAGAUAACAAUGAAACUAAUAAUAGUUUAAAAUCACUACUCAAUCCCGCCAAAGGCAACUGUUGCUUUGUCACUAAUACUACCAAUCUGGUUUAUCAACAGAUAGUUGUCACCAAUUACUCCGUAUUGAUCAAAAGUGGAAAAGCAUGUUGUAAUUUAUCUGCCUACAUGGGCUGUUUAGAACCUGAUCUUAAUGAUCACGUGGUCAUCACGGUUCGCUUUAUAAAUACACUAAAUUUGUCUUACAGUGAAGAAUCACUAGUGAUGCCUAGCCAAGGAAACGGAUUUCAAUAUUUUACGAAGCUUCAUCCU